CUUGUUUCCAAUUUUUUUAAAAAAUUAAAAUGUUAAAUAUAUAUAAUUUUAAAUAAUUGAUAUGGCAAAAUCAUUUUCUGGAUCAACUGCUGUGGAUCAUGCAAUGGCAGGAUUCACAGCGGGUGCCGUUACUACAUUAUGUUUACAUCCAUUAGAUUUAGUAAAAACGAGAUUUCAAGUUGAUGAAACUGCAAGGCGAAAACAUAAGUUUGGAGCUACAUUUAUAACGAUGAAAAACAUUGUAUCAAAGAAUAAGUUUAUAGGGUUAUAUCGUGGUGUUGCACCAAAUUUAGCUGGUGCUACUUCUAGUUGGGGAUUUUAUUUUUAUCUUUAUGAUUUGACUAAAAAGAGGAUGGCAGGUGAUGAAAAGUUAUCAAUACUUUCUCCGACACAACAUUUAGCAGCAUCAGCUGAAGCAGGCGCGAUAACUGCAUUUUUUACAAAUCCGUUUUGGGUAGUAAAAACAAGAAUGUGCGCAACAGAUCGUACAGAUCCAGGAGCAUAUAAAGGAUUAUUUGAUGGGUUAUAUCAAAUAGCUAGAUACGAAGGAAUUAAAGGAUUGUAUAAAGGAAUGAUUCCCGCAUUAUUUGGUGUAUCUCAUGGUGCAUUACAAUUUAUGGCCUAUGAGGAAUUAAAAAAGUGGAGAUUUAAAGUUAAUAUGAAAGAUCCUGAUAGAUUGAAUAAUAUGGAAUAUCUUUUAAUGGCAGCAACAUCAAAAAUAUUUGCGACAAUAAUAACUUAUCCAUAUCAACUUGUUCGUGCAAGAUUACAAUAUCAAAGGACUGAAAUUAAAUAUAAUGGUGUUAUAGAUACAAUAAAAAAAGUAUACAGGACUGAAAGCAUCCUUGGAUUUUAUAAAGGAUUGGCACCUAACUUGAUACGCGUGUUGCCUGGAACAUGUACUACAUUUUUAGUGUAUGAAAAUAUGAUGUCUUUUUUUAAGAAGCAUGCUAGGUAUGAGACGUAAUAUAUUUAAGUCAAAUGUUGGUAACUAUUUUAUUUUGAAAUAAUAAUUUAUGGUUUGGUAAUGUAAUCGCGGCAAAUAGAUAGUUAUGGUUUGGUAAUAUAUAGAUAUUAUUUUGAAUAAAGAAAUCUAAAAUAUGGAUACACUAUCUUCUAAUUACAUGUUUUAGUUAAUAGAAUGGAUGAAUGUAGCUGUUACCCAUUCCAUAUGCAAGAAUUAUUAUUGUCUUAAAUCUCUAUUCUAUCAUCUAAUUCAAAAAAUUCUUAUAUAGUAAUUAUUAUAUAAUAAAAUUAAAUA